AUGGGUGUCAUUGUGGGUGCCGAUGUCACAGUUUUGGAUGGGCGAGCAAAAUGGAUGCCAAUGUGGCGAAGUGGUACAUGCAACCAUUUGUGUCUGGCAGCUCUUGUAGAACUCGUAUCGUCAUCGCUAGCGUCGCUGCGGCGAUUACAGUCACCGCAGAUCCGAGCACUCACAAAUAAGCAGGAAAACGAGUCGACGUUCUCUACGGAGACGUUAGAGAGGGCGUUCAAGGCUCCACACACGAGCGCAAGGGGGACAAUCGAGACGGCUGACCAAGUACUGGGCAUCUCGUAUACUCGUGCUGUAAGCUACAUCACCUCAAGGUUGAUCAUCAGUCUCGCGAAAACAGUCAUCUGCAUGCCUGAAUCGAGUAAAGAGUCUACCGUAGAGGACGGGUUCUUCGCCCUCGCAGAUUUUCCUGGUGUUAUUGGUGCUGUCGAUGGCACACUAGUGCGGAUUGCCCGACCAGCAUAA